AUGCCUUUCGGAAACUACCAUAAGGCAGAAGAAGAUGCGGGUGAUGAGAGGUUCCAUUGCCUUAUCUCUCCCAAGUCAAGGUACCUUAUCGGGCGCAUGCCCGCCCGAACCCGAGUCCGUCAUUCCUUCCGUCCCAAGUUACCAAUUUUGCGGGCUGCCCGCCUGCCCACCCUAACAUCAGUCACUGAUCUGCAGACCCCGUCCACCCCCCAUAAAUCUUCCGACGUAUAUAACCACCCAGCCCAGCGAUCCCUCUUUCGUCCGUCUCCCACCACCUCAUCAUCAUCGACCCAGUACAAACAUCAACGACAUCAGAUAACCGCUAGAUCAACUGCGAACAACCGCAUUCUCGUGUUAACAACCCAACUACUCGAACACUACUACAGCGAGACCGCUCUCACGCCGUCCGUCGCUAAACCCCCGACAAUCGUCACCCAACCCGUUUCCCAAGGUCACCCCCGAACAGACGAGUUUAUGUCAAUUGAAAAUCUCAAGUCCUACGACCCCUUCGCCGAAGCCGACGAAGACACCGGCGAGACCAAACAGUCUCAAAAUUAUAUCCAUAUUCGGAUCCAACAGCGCAAUGGACGAAAGACUUUGACCACCGUUCAGGGUCUCCCGAAGAAAUUCGACCAGAAGAAAAUUCUCAAGGUCAUCAAGAAGCAAUUUGCUUGCAAUGGCACCAUCGUAGCUGACAGCGAGAUGGGCGAGGUCAUCCAGCUCCAAGGUGACCAGCGCAAGGUUGUGCAAGAGUUCCUCAUCAACACCAAGGAGGGACUCGGAUUGGAUUCCAAGACCAUCAAGGUCCACGGUUUCUAA